AGAUAUUUUUUUUUAUGACGGUGUUAAUAUUUAACAGAGGAAAAACAAAAAGAGUUUAGACAGGAGAGAAAAGGUGGGAAUAGUUAGUUGUGUGAUGUCUGUGGCAACAACAAUAUCUAUGGCGGAAGCCGCAGCAUCGUCCACCACCUUCUUAUCCUCACCCUGUCGACCAUCACCUUCUUCGCCACCAUUUUUCCUUUAUCACCACCGCCCACUAAACCACGGUCACGGAGGCAGUGUCAGCCUCAACCACCGCAUCCUCUUCCCUCGCCACCGCUCGCUGCAGGCAGUCUCAUCCACAACUACCUUUACCAACAAAGAGGUUUUAGAAGUGAGCGAAAUCAAAGAAAGAUCCCGUAAAUGGCAAUGGAAAGAUCGUUACUCUAUCAAUUACUUUGUUCAAUCUCCGUUAUCUGCUGAUUCUGGUCGUCGUCGGCCUCCUUUGGUCCUUGUACAUGGAUUUGGUGCUUCUAUUCCUCACUGGAGAAGGAAUAUUACAACAUUGGCCCAAGAUCACACUGUUUAUGCUAUCGAUCUCCUUGGAUUUGGUGCAUCGGACAAGCCAGCAGGAUUUAUUCAUUGCAGAUUACUCCACUUGGCUCAUUUUCAACAGUUGCUCUUGGAUUUCUUGAAUGAAGUGGUUCAAGAGCCAGCUGUUCUUAUAGGCAAUUCCGUGGGAAGUCUUGCCUGUGUGAUUUCUGCUGCGGAAUCUUGUCAAAGAUCUCAACCUCUGGUCAGUGGACUUGUCCUGUUAAACUGUUCUGGUGGCAUGAAUAACAAAGCUAUUGUUGAUGAUUGGAGAAUCAAAUUGCUCUUACCCGUGCUUUGGUUGAUUGACUUCCUCCUACAGCAAAAGCCUAUUGCAUCAGCUCUCUUUGAACGCGUCAAACAAAGAGAGAACUUACGAAAUGUCUUGUUGUCCGUCUAUGGAUGUAAAGAGUCAGUGGAUGACACGUUGGUUGAGAUCAUAAAGGAACCAGCAGAUGGUGAAGGUGCAUUGGAUGCUUUUGUUUCAAUUGUGACUGGACCUCCUGGACCGAGUCCAGUCAAGCUGAUGCCAAGAAUCACGAUACCUGUUCUGGUUUUGUGGGGUGAUCAAGACCCUUUUUCCCCGCUUGAUGGUCCUGUUGGGAGAUACUUCACGUCUUUGCCUUCUAGCUGCCCAAAUGUGACACUGUCUGUUCUCAGUGGUGUUGGACACUGCCCUCAUGAUGAUAAACCUGCCCUGGUCCAUGAAAAGCUGCUUCCCUGGUUGUCUGAUCUUCCCGCUGCUUAGUCAUUAUGUCAAUUUGUACGCUUGAAAAUUUUCUAGAAUUUGUAGUGUAAUUUGUAAGUUUCUUGCUUAUAGAAUGUAGUGUACAAUACAUUUUAUGUUAAUUAUAGAAAUGAAGUUUCAACGAGAACCUUAUGAACUUCUGAUUAUAUGAAGGUCCUAUUCCUAUGAAGUUCGGUAUA